AUGAAAAAUCUGGCAUAUGCAAGAAAUGCAAUUCUGCAUUUGGAGCCAAAAAGAUCUUAUCGAAAUAAGGAUAAAAUAAAAGAAAAAGACCAAAAAGAAGUAGCUAUUCAGAAAGAAGUAGAUACAUACUUGGAGUCCAGCGAAAGCGCGAACUCAGAGAGUUCUCAUACAAGGCAACCGACAAUGAUCAUCAACGAUCUCAAUAAAACCCAGCCGUUUGUGUCAGCAUUAAACAAAGUUCCUGCUGAUGGGUUACCAAGGCUUGAAACAUCUCUGGAUUUUUGGGAUCAUGGAGUAGGAAGUUUAGAUUUAAAUUUCACCUAUGACUCAGGCGAAAUCCUGAGCAGUGAUUCCGAUUUCGAAGACGCUGAAAAAUGCCAAGAGCCUUUGAAAUCCUUUGCCCAAGAUUCCACAAAAAACUCUAUUAACUCCUGCCCUAUAUAUUGGAACAGAAUAUCGAUAAAAUUUUAUUUUUACCCAAAUUUAAAAUUAAAAAUAUUAUUUCUAUAAAAUUUAUAAUUUUUUUCAAAUAAAAUUAAGCCACUUUAAAUUGGAAUAGUGUUUUUGCUCCAAUUUAAAGUGGGGAGUAAGCAAUCAUUAAUCACAGAAACUAAAAGCUAUAUCACACAUAAAACCGUCUCAAAAAUAUCAGAAAAAAUAAAAGACUCAGCUAACACAAAGCCUACUCUAAGCACCCACGAAAAUGAGCCUGAUUCACAGCGGGACAAGCCCAAUCUGCAAGAAACUUGUGCAGCUCAUGGCGAUCCGAUGAAUUAUGUAACUUCUAAAGGAUUUUGCCCUAAAUGUGAGUGCGAAGUUUCUAUUCUCUAUGCAUGUUUUUCUCAAAUGCUUACCCUUUUCAAGCCAUUUUUGGGGUCUUAAAAUUAAUAUUUUGAGGCCUGCCACUUAAAAAAUCGUCUUAAUACAAAAAAAUUAUUAUAUAAAAUAUUUCAAUGAUAAUACUACAGUCAAGUUCAAAUUUCCAUCAAUAUCAUUGUAAUUUUUAUUUAGCUGGCAAAAAUUAUGCUGCAGAACUUGCUAUGGGAGCGGGGAAUUCCAAGAAAUUCUUUACCAUUGUAAAAAAUGCAAGACACUAAUCUCAAGAAUAAAAAGAAGCAAGAAUUAA